AUGAUUUGUUCCUGCCAUCAAAUUGUCUGUUCCUGCCUAGCCAUGGUAUUUUACCCUCUCAUUUCCUUUCUUUUUUUUACCCUUUCAUUUCCUUUCUUUUUUUUUACCCUCUCAUUUCCUUUCUUUUUUUUAUCCUCUCAUUUCCUUUCUUUUUUUACCCUCUCAUUUCCUUUCUUUUUUUUACCCUCUCAUUUCCUUUUUUUUUUAAAUAAAUUCAUUUCCUUUUUUUUUUACCUCUCAUUUCCUUUCUUUUCAAAACCCUCUCAUUUUUUUUUUUUUUUUUACCCUCUCAUUUCCUUUUUUUUUUUUAUAUAUACUCUCAUUUCCUUUCUUUUUUUACCUUCUCAUUUCCUUUCUUUUUUUUACCCUCUCAUUUCCUUUCUUUUUUUAAUUCUCUCAUUUUCUUUCUUUUAUCAUUUUCUUCCUUUUAUCAAUGUUUUGUUCAGUGUUUUUUUUUUUACUGUUUUCUGCUCUUUAAUUUUUUUAUCUCUUACUUGCUCUUUUUCUCUCUCUUCAUUUGUUUUAUACUUUAUCAUAAUCACCUCUUUUGAUCUCCUUCUUUUUACUUCUUCAGUAUUUCUCAUUUUUUUCCUUUCUCACUCUGUCUUCUUCAGAUUAAUAACUUUUUGCUUUUUGCAUAUUUUUUAA